AUGUAUAUCCCGCUUUCUCUUCUUCCUCUCAGUCUUCUCCUUGGAUUGCAGUCUGUGGCUGCUCUUCCGGCUGCAAAUGGCGUCCGUGGCGGCAAGCAGCAGAUGGCUCAAAUCCUGCGGGGCACUGGCAUCCGCGGCAUGACCGUAAAUCAGUUGAAUACUUUGCUGCGCAACCUCCAAGCUCAGGGCGUGACUUUAGGGUGCGGUGCUCAAGGAGGCGGUGGCCAAGGCGCUGUUGGAGGCGGGGAAGGAGCUACUGGAGGAGAAGAGGAGGCCAAAGAGAAUGAGUUGGUCCUGAACGGAAAGUUCGAUGUACCUGUCGCAGUCCAGGGAGGCGAACUGAAACAGGACAUCUUGUUCACUUCAACUGCUGUUGGUGCAUUCGAGUAUGAAUAUCAAGCGGCCAAUGCCGAUGAGGUCACGGUCUCUGAGAACAAGUCUCCUGCGGCGCCACCCGCCGGAUUCGAGGCGAUUGAGCCAAGCUCGUUCAAGAUUACCCUUGCCCAAAGCAAGGGCGCCGGUUUGACGCUGUCAAAGAUCGAUUAUAUCUUUGACCCUGCAAGCGCGGGCCUCCAGGGCAAAGACAUCACAAAGUCACAGGUCGGAAAGCUGUGCGAGAACACUGGGCAGUUUGUAAUCUCGGAUACCCUUGGGUCCUUGGAGUUCGAGUUGGAAGAGAACGAGGUUACUUUGAACUUGGAUAAGAAUGUCACGGCUGAGGGCGAGUGGGGCAUCUUCCUGCCCAUUGCUGCUUAA